AUGGACAAGCUGCGACUUCAAAUCAGAGCAAUGGAUGAGGUAUGCUUAUGCAGUUUAAUCCCAAUAUUACUGGGCCCAAGUUUCCAGGCCCACAGCCGCAGUAUAGUAAUCCUUAAAAGCUAAUUUAUGAUUUUAGAAUACUUUGUACAGAAAAUAUUUGUUUCUGUACGGUACAUGUAUAUGUAUAAUUUAUGUCUGGUAUUGUUAAUGUAUGGUAAGGUUUCUUUCAGCUGAGGGCCAUUUUUCCAAAUCCUCAAGCUCACUGACAAAGUUAUUGCACAAUCAGUCCGUGAAUGGUCAGAAAUGCAAACAACCUGGAUUCAAAAUAAUACUCAAGUUGCAUUGAAAAGAAAGUCUUAAAUUUAGUGAUUACCUCAAAUUGCAGAGUAGACUUCUCAAAAGAGGAUUGCUGUGCAUAAUAACAUUAAUUUUCUAGACUUGAAAUUCUUCCAGGAAAGAGACCGGGGUGCUCAUAUGAAAUUUAGAAUUAAACCCUUAAAGGAGACCAAUUUUGGCGUGGUUUAAGCUUCAUAUGACCCCUAGAGGAGAAAGUUACCCCGCUAACCGAUCAAGUCGCCCGAAAGUCAUCUCACCCGAAGUUACAGUGUACAUCGCCCGAAACCAGAGUCAUGUCGCCCGAAUUUUUUUUUAGUCAAGUCGCCUGAAAUGUAAUAUAUAUCUCGUUCUUUAAGCGAUAAUGAGACAAAACAAGCGGAAAAAUUGUGUAAUUAAGUCUCGUUCCUUAAGCAAUAAUGCUAUGGUGAGACGAAACAAGCGGGAUGAAUGUGUAUCAUAACCCUUGUUUAUGCGAUUAAGAGACGAAACAAGCGAGAUGAAUGCGUAACAUAUCUCGUUCUUUUAGCUUUGGUGAAGCAAGCACGUCAAAUGAGUAACAGAGUAGAGUAAAGAUUUGAUGAAACGAAGCAAGCGUGAUUAAGAUGUUAGGAUGUUGUUCGGCAUGAUAAAAUUUCAGGCGACUUGGCUAAACAUUUUGGGCGACAUAACUUUGGGCGUGAUGACUUUCGGGCGAUUUGACCGUAAACCGUUACUGCAACACACUAUGAUGGCUCGAUGCCUUAAUAGCCCACUUUCGAUAUAUUAAAAUUCUAACAUGACUCCGAGGCUUUCUGGUCAUUUUUUCAUGUUGGUUUGGUUUUCUUUGUGCUCAAGUCUUUUGUGGGAAUUGCGAGACAAUAGUCGUAAAAAAUGUGCAAUUUUGACCCUAAAGCCUCGGAAUCUUGUUACAAUUUUGAUAUAUGGAACGUGGGCUAUUGGUAAUAUUGUCUUUUCAUGACCCGGACACCCUAAGUGAGACCAAAAUCUACUAUUUCUACCCCUAAGGUAGACGACGAACAUCCUCAUCACUUUCAUACGUCAUUUCAUUGCUGGGAACGAGGUUGUCCCUCCGGGAACAUAGAGUCAAACCUUGAUAUAACGAUCCUCUAUAACGAAAACCUUAGCCUGGGACCAGGCUCCGUGGUGGGUGAAAAAGGAAAAAAACGGGGUAAAAUAGGAAAAUAUCGGGGAGCGAAGUUAGCCGAGCAGGUAUCCUGGGGGGGGGAAAGGGCGCCACCCUUUCCCCCUCCCCAGGCUACCUAUCGGCUCGCUUCGCUCCACAUUUUUUUCUUUGGGCAACGCCGAUUUUUCUCCUUUUUCGCACAAUGCGGAGCCUGGUCCCAGGCUACGAAGACCUCGAUAUAAGGAAACCUCUUUAUAGCGAACCAAUUUAGCCAGUCUCCUGGACCUUCGUUAUGUCGAGGUUCCAACAUUUUACGCACUUCAUAUAAUCUUUAAUAGACAAAGCCCGUGUGAGCUUUAUUUAGAAAACAACCUGGCAAUUAGAAUGUGAGUUCAGGUUUCACCCUGAUAAUGCAAGUUCUUCAUUUCGAGUGGCGCGAGAAGCAAACCUGCGGGAGAACACGCCAGCGGGCGGCAAAGGCGUGUCUCUCGCACGUGACUUCUUGCGAUGUUCCCAAAAAUGGAAUGCUUUCUCUCAGGCUAACACUCUGAACAGUGCUAGUGGCCGUGUAUUUUAAUUAUAGAUUCAUCCAGAUCUGAGAGACCUGAUGGAUACCAUGAAUAGCCUUAGUUCUCUUCCCGAAGAUUUUGAUGGAAAGGUGAAAGUUAACCAUUGGUAAGUGUCCUUCAUAACUAGGUCCAAGAUUUGGUGGUGUCUGAUUAGUUAUCGGGCCUAAAGGUCAGAGAAAUUUUUUCGAGUCGUGACGCAAAAAAACCAUCGCGUGAUAGCUCAAACAACAGUCACUCUUUCCCAGUCAAGGCAGGGGACGGCAGGGUCGGGGAGGCAAUCUUGACCGCGCUCAAACUUAACACAUGUACAUCUACAAGAAACGUUAAGCAAGGCACUUCAAAGCUACGGUUGUCAUUUUCACUGUUUGAAGUUAUAACUGUUACUAAACUUUGUGAAAGUUUACUCUAAGAAGUUUUAAACUGCAGAACUGUUGGUGACAUUUUGAACUGUCCAGCUUGGUUGCACAGCGUUUUUAUGGACGAAAAGAGUUCUUUAACUUGGAAAAAAAAAAAUAGUUAUAUCAAUGAACUGAGCUAAACAUCCUUGCCCAGUUUUUUUUCGCUUAAUGGUGGAAAACCAUUAUUCCAAAUGAAGCGAAGGUUUUUGAGACUGAGAAACAACACUCCCUUUCGUGAAAAGGAGGGCAUUGACAGGGUGAUUGAGCCGCUUGCUAUGAGCAAUGGGAUAAUAAUUUCCCAGAAAAGUGCAACUUAAAACCUCUACAGGUCGAACGCUUUAGCCACUCAGUGACAGUUGCGAGCUUGGUCAUUAUAUAAGCUAGAUUCAUAAAUCGUGAGGCAAAUGAAAAUCUGUGUCUUCAGCGGGAAUUGAAGCCACCACACUGCACGAGCGAGGUCUUGUGGGACAGGCAACCUGCAACUGUAGAAUUGGCAAUGUCAGAAGUCAAAAUCUCGUGAAGAGAAAGAUGAAGAAAGCAGCCAAAAACAAGCUUAAUACUGAGCUUUUGAAGAGUCACGACUGAAAAACGACUGGGAAGAAAAAAAUCCUCUUAUAGAACCAAGUCAAAUGUCAGAGAUUACCACGAGUCUCCCAGUAGGUGGUUGGCAUACUCGAGACAACCUCCAUCUUUUCUGUCCUGUUUCUUCUCAACCGCGGCACUGGAUUUAUUUAGCUCAGUCGGUAGAGCGCUUGACUACAGAGCGGGAGGUCCUGGGUUCCAUUCCCGGGGCCAGACCAAUACUCAGGGUCUUAAAACAACUGAGAAAAAUCAAGGUACUGCCUUUGCCCAGCAAACGACUAGAACUUCGUGUGGCUUGAAUGACCACGUAAAAUGGUGGUCCCGUCUCUAGUACAGGCAUGAAAGCAGUGUCCCCAAUUAGUACUUCGGUGCUGAUUACAUUGACACUCAAAUAAAGUGCCCUUUUUUCUUCGAGCGUAAAAGUGGCUUCAUCUUGAUUAAUCUCAUCCCUAUUUACUUACUCAAAAAAAUGACAGGGUAGUUAUCGCCUUUUUUAUUGCUUUUGAUCUAAAAUUUAACUGUUGCAUGAUUUCCAGGUAUGAGACCUUGAGUAGUAUGAAAGCCAGCGAUGAACUGACAGAUGAACAAGUGCGACAGAUGUUGUUUGAUUUGGAACAAGCUUACAACUCAUUUAACAGAUCAUUACAACAUACUUAGAAAAUAAAGUCACUGUAAAAGGAACACGAUGGAAAUCCAUGGUAGACACAAUUUAACUCGUAUUCACUGGAAUUGAAAAUGAUGAUAACGCGUUUACUAUAAAUACGGUCAUGUAGACCAUGAAAGCAAAUCAAGAAACAAGUUAAAUAAAGUUCUGUUGUAAAUAGCUUUAUACAUGUGCCAGCAGUCUUGAAAAAACCUUUUUCAGUUUUUCAGAGACCAAAUACUUGGCGACACUUUUAUGUUUGUGCAAGGUUUGCACCCGGGAGUCAUUUCAUAAGUAGGUUGAGUACUAUCGUCCCGGGGUGAACAUAGUCCUGAAUAGAAUUAAUUGUUGUUGUUGACAGUGACUGGCGUUUCGACAACCUGUGCGGUAGUCAUUUUCGGAGUCAAAGUGACUUGAAACACGUCAGUUGAUGGUAUUAAACGCUGGUUAAUGACCACAUUAGUCAAUUUAAAGUCGUGAUGUUAUUGGUCGUUUGUCAGUUAAGCCGUGAUGUUAUUGGCUAUGAAGACUCGUAAUGUCAUUGGUGCGUUUCGAUCUGUCUAUUGUCACAGUUAAAGAGUCGUUUAUUGUCAGUUGUCCAGUCGUUCUCUCGUAGUUAGUUUUGCUGGAAACCAGAGUUUAAUAACAUCAACUGACGUAAUACAACUCACUCUGACUCUGAAGAUGAUUACCGCACUCGUUUUCGAAACGUUAGUC